AUGCGCACCAGCUUCGAUGCCAAGGCCGAAGGGCGGCUGCGGCGCAAGAUCGACGUGCACAUCAUCCCCGUCGUCGCCGUCAUGUAUCUUUUCUGCUUCAUUGACCGAGCCAACAUCGGCAACGCGCGCCUGGCCAAGCUCGAAAUGGACCUCGGCAUGACGGGCUACGACUACAAUACGCUCCUCAGCGCCUUCUAUGUGGCCUAUAUCCUCUUUGAGCUGCCGAGCAACCUGAUGUGCAAGCGCGUCGGGCCGGGAAAGUGGCUGCCAUUCCUCACCUUUUGCUUCGGCAUCCUCUCGCUCUGCAUGGCCUUUGUCCACUCGUUUGGGGCUGCCAUUGCGCUGCGCUUCCUGCUCGGCGUCGCCGAGGCUGGCCACCUGCCGGGCAUUGCCUACUACCUGUCGCGCUGGUACCGCCGCGAGGAACUCGCAUUCCGGCUGGCCAUGUACAUCGUCUGCGCACCCAUCGCGGGCGCCGUGGGAGGCCUGCUGGCCAGCGGCAUCCUGACGCUCGACCGCAUCGGCUCGCUGGAGCGCUGGCGCAUGAUCUUCCUCAUCGAGGGCAUCAUCACCACCGGCCUCGCCGUCAUCGCCUAUUUUCUCCUCACCGACCGCAUCGACACGGCGCGCUGGCUCUCGGCCGAGGAAAAAGAGCUGGCCAAUGCCCGUCUGCGCUCCGAGACGGUCGCCUCGGACGUCGUCGUGGACAAGAUGCGGUCCAAGCAGGUCCGCGCGGGCAUCUUCAACGCCACGUCGCUCACCAUGGCCGUCGCCUUUCUGCUCGACAACAUCUCUGUGCAGGGUGUCGCCUUCUUCCUGCCCACCAUCGUCAAGACGCUGUUCCCAGGCAGGACCGUCGUGCACCAGCAGCUGCUGACGGUGCCCCCGUACGUCGUGGGCGCCUGCUUUGUGCUGCUGAUCCCCUACCUGUCGAUGAAGACGCUCAUGCGCGGCGUCUUUGUCGUCGGCUCCGGCUUCCUCAUGAUUGUCGGCUAUGCAAUGUACGUGGGCACAUCGGUGUCGAGCUCGAGCGUGCGCUACGCCGCCUCGUUUCUCGUCGCCUCGGGCGCGUUCCCGAUGGGCGCCAUGAUGCCCGGCUGGGCGAGCGCCAACUGCAACUCCGACUCGGCCAGGGCGGGUGCGAUCGGCAUCGUCGUCAUGCUCGGCAACGCCGGCGGCCUCAUCGCCUGCUGGUCCUACCUCACAAAGGACGCGCCCGACUACCUGCCGGGCAACGCGCUCAACGUGGGCGCCGCGUGCGGCCUCGUGAUCAUCUCGGCGCUUCUUACCGUCUAUCUGCAGCGGGAGAACCGGCGGAGGGAGGCGGGGCUGCGCGACGCGCGCAUCGAGGGCCUGUCGCUCGAGGAGCAGGAGUCGCUCGGCCACCGCCACCCGGCGUUCCGGUACAGCUACUGA